GAAUAUAAAACGAAUCCACACAGCGUAAUCUGUCCGGGUUAUUUUCCAGAUCAAAUGCUGUUGCCCCUCUAGGGUUUCUCUACUUCUGCUAUCCACCAUGUCCAGUCGGAAUCGCCUGGCUCCUCACGGCAUGAAAGGCCCUCCUCCGGGCCGCCAUUCAUCUCCUCCUCCCUUUGGCAGUGGUCUCGUCCCCAUCCCUCGACCCCACCAUCGUCACCCUGCUCUCCUCGACGAGAUGCGCGACGUCCUGCCGCCCUUCGCCGGGGGUCUUCGCGGGCCGCAGUCUCUCCCUUCAUUGUUGAUUGAUGAGCGUUUCGCCGCGCAGAAUCAGGAGAUCCAGGGCUUGCUUGUUGACAACCAGCGAUUGGCGGCCACCCAUGUCGCGCUAAAGCAGGAGCUAGCUGCUGUACUUCACGAGCUCCAGCGGGCAUCACAUGCCAGUGGGGUUCUGCAGGCUGAGAGGGAGGCCGAGUUUCGGGGGGUUCAUGAAAGGUCAAUGAAGAUGGAGGCAGAACUUCUGGCUGCUGAUGCCAUUAAGGAAGAGCUCAUACAGGUUCGUGGGGACAUUCAAAAGCUUAAUGCAUCGAAGCAUGAUCUUUCCACCCAAGUUCAGAUGCUGACACAGGACUUGUCUCGAUCUUCAGCCAAAUUGCAGCAAGCGCCUGCAAUUAAGGCAGAAAUUGAAGCCAUGAAGCAGGAGUUGCAGCAUGCUAGGGCUGCUAUAGAGUAUGAGAAGAAAGGAUAUGCUGAGAAUUAUGAGCAAGGUCAGGUAAUGGAGAGAAAUUUAAUUUUGAUGGCUCGGGAGGUAGAAAAGCUUCGUGCAGAGGUAGCUAAUGCGGAGAAGAGGGCUCGAGCUGCAGCAGCUGCUGGAAGCCAAGCUGCAGGCUAUGUAGGGAAUUAUGCGAAUCCUGAUCCCAGUUAUGGUGGAAACUCUUACCCUUCUAGUUAUGGCGUUAAUCCUGUUCCUGGAGGUGCAGAUCCUGGAGCUCAAUAUGGAGCUUCAUCUGUUCCUGGGCAUAACUCGUGGUCUUCAUAUGAUGUGCAAAGAGCUCAUGGUCGAAGAUGAAAGAGUGCUGAACGAAUCAGAGAGAAGACCAUUGUUCCUGAUAUUUGGUAAAUCGUAAUUAAUUGAUCUGGAAAGCGAGCAUACGUGUCAGAAAACUAUUCUGUAUCUCAUGAACAAAUAAUUAAUUUCACUUGGGUGAGGUACAUCAAAAUGUUAGAUUUUACUAGCUAAAUUUGGUUACUUGUCAUGAUGGAUACUAAGCUAUGAUAGCUGGAACAUUUUUCUAGUACCUGCAUCAUGAUCAGAUAUUUAGUUGAUUUGUAUUAAUGCAUCGGUUAAAUAUAAUUUUAUUAGAAUCUUUAUAUCAAGCUUCAUUUGUCAUGAAGCACUUAAUGUAGCUAAUGUCAACAGCUUCCCUGAAAUGGAUUUCCUUGUCAUUCUCAGCACUGAUGAAUGUUUUUGUUA